AUGACCAGACGAAAGCAGAGCACCCGCAAGACGGAGAAAAAGAAUAUUGACGUGCCAAAAAAAAGGUGCGCUUUUUCCCUCUCCCGCGCGCGGCGCGGCUUUUGCGACGUUCACCAAACGUUUGAUCCUCAGUCUGUGCAUUUUUGCACGCCGGUGUUGCUCUGCGUACAGUGCAUUUUAUGAUACGCGCAAAGUUCUCUUUUUUAGUUGUUGAUGAAUUUUCUCCAAAUAUUCAUCUCUUUUAAGCGUUUUUCUCCACUUUCUACCUCAAUUCGACCUUUUUACGGAUUCCAGUUGAAGUAAUACGCGAAGAGAAGUCGAUGCGAUGAAAAGAAACGCGUAAGUAAAUGGAAGUAAUGUUUUAUUCAGAAAAUAUACGAUUUCUCGAAAAACGUCUCUAGAUCUUCUAAUCUUUUGAUUUAAAAAGUUCACUCACAUGACUGUGAAUGUCUUCGAAUCAAAAAGAAGUAGAGUGACGGCUCGCUUUCGCGGAAAAACCGAUAGUUUGCCGGAAGACAGUGAAAUUUCGUUGAAAAAUUUUUUUUUUGCUUCUACGAACUGUCACUCUACUUUUUUUGGUUCGAAAACAUUCACAGUCAUGUAAGUGAACUAUUUAAACAAAAAAAUUAGAAAAUCUAGAGACGUUUUUCGAGAAAUCGUAUAUUUUCUGAAUAAAACAUUACUUCCAUUUACUUACGCGUUUCUUUUCAUCGCAUCGACUUCUCUUCGCGUAUUACUUCAUCUGGAAUCUGUAAAAAGGUCUAAUUGAGGUAGAAAGCAGAGAAGAACGCUUAAAAGAGAUGAAUCUUUGGAGAAAAUUCAUCAACAACUAAAACAAUGAACUUUGCGCGUAACAUAAAAUGCACUGCACGCAGAGCCACACCGACGCGCAAAAAUGCAUACCAUUUGGCUGCGUAUGUUGCGAAAGCCGCGCCGUGCCCGUUUCGAUCGAUACUAGGUGUCAUUUGUGGACAUGGUUAGGAGCAGUAGAAUUUAGGAUUAUCUAUUUUCAAAUUACCACCCAAUGACCAAAGUACAGUGGGAAAAUAGAAAUAACUGUCUUUUUUUCAGCAAAAAACAGACCGGUGAGGCUGUGGAAAUGUCGCAGAAAGAGGCCCGGAUGUUCGAAGAAAUCAACGAUGUGAUCGGAAUCGUACUGCGCAGAGAGCCAAUGACGCCAGAAAAGUACAUGGCGUACUAUACGUAAGUUCAUCCCUUUCUCAAACUUCAAAUCAGAUAAUGCUUCAAGAAACUUGUUCAAUUUCCUGUCGGAAGAUGUACCAUUCAACGACGCCAAGGACGAAGAAUAUGGCAGAGAACCGAGACCCGAAAGCGAGCGACUAAUGUACGAUAUGAUAAAGGAGAAGAUCAAGGAGCACACGAAGCUCAUUCUGAAGAAACUGGACGUUCAGGACGGUGUGGAUCUGCUGAAUGUUUUCAUGACGGAAUGGGAGAACUUCCGGUUCUCGGCAAGAGUGAUCGACGGAGUCUACACCUACCUCAAUCGACAUUGGACGUCCCGAUCGCUCCGGAAAAGAGUGGAGUACGGAAUCAAAAACCUGUACAUGAUGUGUGUCCUGACGUUUGAGCGCGAGGUGUAUUCCAAGAUCGCGAAGAAGUUGAUGUCAAAGGUUUUCAAGCUGAUCCGCGCCGAGCGGCUCGGAACGAUCAUCAACACCAAACACAUCUCGGCAGUUCUUGAAUUUUUGGUAGAUGUCGGAAGAGACAACGCAAAAGAUUCGUUGCUCAUGUACAGGACGGCGUUCGAAGAUCGACUCUUGAGGUCGACGCCUGAAUUCUACGAACACGAGGCGUCAGAGUUCUUGGGAACCGGACGAAGUGUGAAGGACUACAUAAAGAAAGUGAAGAAGCGACUGGAGGAAGAGAACAACCGGGCCCAAUUGUACCUUCACCCGAGCACAAAGGCCCCACUGCUCGCCAAGUGCACAGCGGUGCUCAUCGCGAAGCGACUGCGCAUCAUAAAAGCUCAAUUCGUAGAUCUUCUUGCCGCCAGGAACGACGACGAUCUCCACACAAUCUUUCAACUGUGCAGCGAAGUGAAACACGGACUGGACGGGUUUCCGGAAGUUUACGCGGAGUUCGUCGCGAACGAUGGUCUGACGGCUAUGCAGGAGGUGGCUGAGCAAGCGUUCACGGAUCCCAGACUUUAUGUGACAACCCUUGUCGGAGUGUACAAAAGGUACAGAAAUCUCGUGAAGGACGCGUUCGAGAAUAAGGCCGGAUUCUUAAAAGCGCUCGACAAGGCGACCGCCAAGUUUAUCAACUCCAACGCGGUCACCGAUCGUGCACCUCUUGCGCAGAAAUACACAAAGACCGCGGAGCUACUGGCCAGAUACGUCGACUCAUUUCUGCGAAAGAGCAGCAAGAAUCCGGAGGAGUCGGAGCUCGAGGAGCUAUUGAACGACUCGGUUAGUAUGAUGAGUACUCGUUGAGAUUACAACUAUCAAUUUCAGAUCUCGGCCUUCAAAUUCGUCGAGGACAAAGAUGUGUUCUUGCGGUACUACACGCGGCUGUUCACCAAGCGCCUCAUCGGCGGCGUCUCGGCCAGCGACGAAGCCGAACAGAGCUACAUCUCAAAGCUGAAAGAAGUGUGUGGAUUUGAGUACACGGCGCGUCUGAUGAAGAUGACGUCGGACAUCCAGAUGAGCACCGAUCUCACGAAGGAGAUGAUGGCGAAGACGGCGCAGACGAUCGACAGAAAGUCAGUUGCGGAUAUGUCGGCACUCGUUCUGCGCACUGCCUUCUGGCCAGAAUACACAAUCACAAACCUGAAUCUGCCGAGGGAACUGUCGAGCAGUCUCGAGGCAUUCUCUUCGUUUUAUAAAGAAAAGCAUUCGGGAAGGAGGCUCACGUGGGUGUACUCGCAAUCGCGCGGCGAGAUUGAAUGCAUCGCCUUCUCGAGGAAGUGCAUCUUUUCCGUAAGCGCUCAUUUUUGUGAUAACUGUACUGUAAACUAUAAACUUUCAGGUCACGGUCGCGCAAAUCUGCACGCUCUGCCUGUUCAACUCGUCUGACGCCUACUCCUUCAAUGACAUCUCCGAGGCGACAAAGAUGGACGCGAAGACGACUGCGGUGAUUGUGGGGUCGCUCGUCAAGUGCAAACUGCUCACGUCCGAUAUUCCGCUCCAGGGAGACGAAGCCCCCAACACGGCCACCGUCAGUUUCAACAACAAGUACUCGAGUAAGAAGGUGCGAGUGGAUCUCACGAAGUUCUCUGUGAAGGCCGAUAAGAAUAAGGAGCAGGAGGGCAUGCACAAAACGUUCGAGGCGGACAGAAUAAACGAGAUCAACGUGAGUUUACUCAAAAAAAAAAAAACGUGUGAAACACUUGAGCAAUUACAUUUUCAGGCUUGCAUUGUGCGCAUCAUGAAGACGCAGAAAGAAUGCUCGCAUCAGCCGCUGACGUCGGAAAUUAUCUCCCAGCUGUCGUCCCGAUUCAAGCCGCAAAUCGAGAUGAUCAAAAAGUGCAUUGGAUCGCUCAUCGACAAGGAGUACAUAAAAAGGGACGAUACUAAUAAGGACGUCUACCAAUACAUUGCCUGA